UUUUGUUAAUGCUGUAAGCCAAAGCCAGCAAAGCAAGUGUAGAGGCUGUCUGGAAGUUGUCAUGCAGGGCCGGCACUGUGCCGUAAAGACAAUGGGCGGCACAAUCAAGCAGCCAGAUGUUGCUCUUAACUAAAUGCAAGUUAGAUUACAAAGGCCUGAGCAACAAUGGGGAGUCUUGUGGCUGAUCUGUUUCUGCUCCUGCUGAUUUCCGCGGGACACGUUUAUGGAGUGUCGUUCUACGGUGAUGGCUACAUCCACCUGCGGACAGUGGAGGCAUCCAUUCAGACGCUGCUCCAUGUACGAUUUCGAACCUCCAGUCAGGCGGGGAUGCUGUUUUUGGCAGCUGGACGCAGAGACUUCUUGCUGCUGGAGCUGAUCUCUGGGCGCCUGCAGGUACGUCUGGACCUGGGCUCAGGUGAGCGUUCACUACGCUCAGAAAAGGGCAUCCAUCUAAGCGACCUGGCGUGGCACUCCAUGCAGCUGACCCACGACCACCAUAACGUCAACAUGACCGUGGACCGAAACUCUCACACCAGCUUCCGCAUGCCAGGACCAGAUCUGGAGCUCAGUGUCGACGACGGGCUUUUUGUCGGCGGGGCGGCCGGACUGAACCACCCGUACCUUCUCAACAUCUCCGCUGGGUUUAGAGGUUGCGUAGAUGAAGUUGUGUUCAAUGAACAUAACCUGUUGUCCAGCCUAAGGCCUUAUUCUGGGUACAAGAGCGUCCGCGAGGUAUCUCUAGGCUGCAGUCCGCAAUUUUCUGCAACAGAAGAAGAUUCUGUCAGCUUUUUCAGCUCUAAAGCCUUUAUCUCUCUGCCGCCGUGGGAGGGGCCACAGGAGGGGGUGUUUGAAUGUGAAUUGCACCCCUCUGCGAGACAAGAAGAUGGCAUGGUCCUGUAUAGCUCUGGCAACACGGGAGGGUUUGUCGCCAUAGAGAUCAGAGAAGGUAACCUGGUGGCGACGGUAGGAAACGGAGAGGGGGGCAAGACUGAGUUGCGCUCUCUAACGCAUGUUCACAACAACCACACCUGGUACCCCAUCCAGCUGCACCUGCUGCCCAACAGCGUUCAGCUGAAGGUGGGUGAGGAGUUGGUCAAGGCCACCCUGAGUCUGGAGCUCCAGGUCAUCCAGCUCAAAGGGCCUCUCUUUCUAGGAGGGCUAGACGAAGACGCCCGGGGAGAGGCAAGGCAAGCCGGGCUGAUAUCCGCUUCGCCUGGCGGGCAACCUGCUGGGCAAGGAGGCUCCUUUAAAGGCUGCCUCCGAGAAAUCAGGGUGAACACUCAAAGAACAGGCCUACCUCAUGCUGCCGUCACCAAGGACAUCACUGUGGGCUGUAAGACGGGGCAAGCUCCAGUUCCAGUGACCACCAGCCCAACAUAUAGUCCCAGGUUUGAUGUUACGACCACGCGACCAACUGCCAACAAUAAGAAGAACAAUAACGUUCUGUUUCUGAGAAAGCUAGAAGUAAUGGAGGGAGGCCGGGCACCACUGGAGCCCAAACACAUGAGGGUGAAUCUGGAUUUUCGGAAAUUGGGCAUUCAUCCAUCCCAGUUGAUGUUCCGCAUUGAGGGGCAGCCUGUCCACGGCCAGCUCCGGCUGGACCUCAGCCCUGACCCCGAUGGGCCGCUGGGCGAGGGGCAGGUGAGGAUUAUCACGAUAGGAGCAGAAGAGGUCGACCGGACUUUCAGCAUGCUGGACCUGUGGCAGGGCCGGGUGAUGUACGUUCACAGCGGGUCAGAGGACCAGCAAGACUUCUUCAUGUUUUCAGUCUUCUCCACUAAUAAGAAGGAGCUCCCUGCAUUUCUGAAGGGCAACCGCCUGCAUCGGUUUGAUAUCAACAUCAGUCCCGUUAAUGAUGCACCUGUGCUCAGCCUGCCGGAGGGAAACCUUUUCAAUCUACUGGAGAAGUCCAAACGACAGCUGACAACAGAUGUGCUGAGGGUGUGGGACCCUGACAGCAGUCCUGACGAGCUGGUGUUCAGCUCCCUGGGGAACCUCAACACGGAGGUUGGACACCUCGAACACCAGGAUUUCUCUGGCAGGGCCAUUAACUUGUUCUCCCUGAAAGAUCUGGAGGAGGGCAAGAUCAGCUUUGUCCACACUGGCGUCCCCACCUCUCGGCUGGCACUCAGGGUCAGCGACGGGAUGAUGUCAAGCAACACGGUAGUUUUGAGGAUUAUGGCGGUGCCACUCGAACACAAGCUGGUGAACAACACCGGACUGGAGGUGAACCAAGGCGGGGCUUCCAUCAUCACAACCACUCACCUUGCAGUACAAGUGAAUGUGGACGAUCGGGCGGUGGAAAUCCGCUACGACGUCACAGAGUUGCCACAAUACGGCGAGCUCCAGCGGUUGUACUCAGGCGGCGACUGGAAACCGACAACUUCCUUCUCUCAGAAGCUUCUAGAAAAAGAACGGAUCCGAUACCUCUGCACUUACCGGGGCCUUCAGACUCAGAACAACAUCACUGAUUACUUCAAAUGUAAAAUCAGCAUCGGUUCCCGGGCUAGCGAGGAGGUUGUUUUCCCCAUCGCGGUACGCUGGAUCCACUUCAAGGUCACACGCAGCAAGAUGGAGGUCAACGGUGUUCAGACGACUGCUCUCACUCCCGAGGACCUCUGUGCGAUUUCUAAGGGUGUUAAACUCAACGAGAGCGACCUCUACUUCAGGCUCCUAACGGUACCAAAGAAAGGGCAGCUGUUCCUGGACAACAAAGUUCUACAAAGAAACUCAACCUUCAGCCAAAAGAAUAUCACAGACGGUUUGAUGAAGUACGAGCUGCUCAACGCGCUGCAGGACGACGCGAGAGACGCGUUCAGCUUUCAGGUUUUUUCAACACAUGCCAACUCAACAGCUUACGACUUCAGAAUCAGCAUCAAAGCCGAGUCGACCGCCGUCACCGUUGUAAACAAAGGCCUGUCAACCCUGGAAGGAGGAAGUAAAGUCAUCAACAAAGAUAUCCUGUUCGCUCACACAGCAAGUAACCGGGAGGUCCACUACGGCAUUACGGCGAGCCCCAGGCACGGGCGGAUAAGGAGGAUCAACCUUUCCAACUCAACUUCCAUUAACGACAACAUUGUGACGUUCACGAAUCGGGAUAUCGUUGAGGAGAGGAUCAUGUACGUUCACGACGACAGCGAGACCAAGCAGGAUUCCUUCACUUUUCAAAUUACGAUUUACAAAUUGUACAAACGCGCCGGCAAGAAGGAGGACAGAAACACGACCGAACACACCUUUAACAUCUCCGUGCAGCUCGUCAACGAUCAGAGGCCAGUCAGGGUGGUCGAUAAAGUUUUCCACGUGGCCCGCGAUGCGCAGAGGUUGGUGACGCUGAGGGACCUUCGUUUCCGGGACGAUGACUCAGACUUUGAUGACAGUUGGUUGGUGUACACGCGGAGGGGGAUUCCCAUGGGAGAGCUGGUGCUGGCCAGUGACACCACUCACAAACUGUACGAGUUCACACAACGGGACCUCGAGCAGAAAAAAGUGUUGUUUGUCCACAGAGGAGUGAGUUACGGGCGGUUUGUGCUUUUCGUAUCAGAUGGGAAACAUUAUGUUUCAACACUGCUGGAGGUGAUGGCGCAGGAUCCUUACCUUCAGGUCGAGAACAACACGGGCCUCAUGGUCCAGCGAGCCGGGCUCACAACCUUGACCUCCGCCAACCUCAGCAUCUUCAGCAACCUUGACAUCCGAGACCCACAGGAAGUGACGUUUGAGGUCUUCCUUCCGCCUAAACACGGCGUGCUCUGCUUCAAUGAUGGAGGCCGUGAGGCUGUGACAGAAGCGGAUUCGAUUUCGAUAUUCACCCAGCGCGAUUUGGUAGCGGGGCGCCUGGCGUACCACCACGACGCCAGCCACGAGUUGUCAGAUGGGUUCAACGUGACGGCAAGGGCGAGGGAGAAGAGCACAGAGAGGCGACUGGACAGAGAGAGGAGGGAGGUACAUCUGGACAUCGGAGUGACGGUGAAAAUCUUCCUGGAGAGCCACCAGCGGCCACCAACGGUCAUCAGUAACCGUCCGGUGGUGGUGGCGGAAGGACAGAAUGUCUCCAUAAGCAAGGAGCACUUAGAGGUGGUUCAUGAGGACAGCCAGCCUUCAGACAUAGUUUUUACUGUCCAAAGCCCUCCCGCCCUGGGCUUCCUUCAGCGGUUUCCCCCCAUCGACAAGCACCAGAACAACAUUGGAGAACAGCAGCACCUCUAUCAAGUACAGCCAUCUGCCGGCGUCACAGAGACAACAAACUCCUUCACCCAGGAGGACCUCAAUCAGGGAUUGAUCAUCUACCAUCAGCAGGCUGCAGGACGCACCAACGACUCUGUUCUGUUGGAGGCGACUAACGGGGUCACAAAGGUUGGACCUAUCAGGCUGGAGAUUGACAUCAUCCCCAUCCUGCUCCCUCUACAGGUGUCUGACUUGACCCUCGAUGAGGGGUCGUCCCUGCCGCUGACCACUGACAUCAUCAAGGUGGCCAAUCAUCACUUCUCAGGGAUGAACUUCCUGUACCAGGUCAUUGUUCCACCGCGACACGGACACCUGGAGCACAGCCGGAUCCCGGGGAUGCCCAUCACUGCUUUCACUCACACUGAGGUGGAACGCGAGUACAUCUCCUACAUCCACGACGGCAGCGACACGCUGAGAGACAACUUCACCAUCGUGGCCAAUCAGACGGAAAUCAGGAAGCACAGUCUGCCCUGCACCGCUCACAUCAACGUCACGCCUGUCGACGAUGAGGCUCCUGUUGUUACGAUCAACAAGGGUCUGAAGGUGUGGGUGGGUUCAGUGACAGAAAUCACCACAGAUGAUCUUAGUGCAGAGGACUCGGACACCCCUGAUCCUGAGGGGCUGGAGUUCAUCGUCAACCCACCCAGCAACGGCCACCUGGCCCUGAAGAGUGCCGCCUCCAGACACAUCCUGAACUUCACCCAGAAUCACAUACAAACCGGACAACUGAUGUUCGUGCACAGUGGUGCUUUAUCGGGUGGCUUUCACUUCCAGGUGAACGACGGCAUAAACUUCGCCCCUCGCCAGAUAUUCAGCACAACUGCCCACUCUUUGCUCCUGACCUUGCAGAAAAAUCAGCCCAUGCAGGUCUACCCAGGCUCUGUGACACCAAUCUCUGAGCUGGAGCUUCAGGCCGUAACCAACGAUGUCAUCGACAUCAGGAGAAACCACUCGGUGGUGUUUGCAGUGACCGCUCUUCCUAAACUCGGCAGCUUGGUCCGACGUAUGCCUGACAACUCUACGCGAAACAUUACCAUGUUCACACAAAGCAUGGUGAAUGAGGGAGUGAUCUUGUACGAUCAGAACAAGCCGCAGUCGGUGGGAUGGUCGGCCGCAGACGCUUUCUCUUUCACCGUGUCCUCUCCUCCCGCUUUCCUUCCUCCGCACACCUUCACCAUCUUAAUCUCCUACCAGGCCAACGAACAUCACGACAGCCUUCAAUACAAGACCAGACUUUUGAACAACGCAGGUGUUGUGGUGGCCGAGGGAGGCAGGGUGACGAUUGACAGGUCUAAACUCGACGCCUCCAAUCUCCUUGGGAAAGUUCCAGAGCCCCGCCGGAAAGACCACCGCAUCCUGUACCGUGUGAUUUCCCCGCCGCGCCACGGGGCUCUGUCUGUACGAGGACAUAACCUCACCAGGAGCCAACCUGAUUUCUCUCAGGUCACCCUAAACAAGUUCGGCAUCACAUACGUCCACGAUGACUCAGAGACGACGCGUGACAGCUUCACUUUCCGGGCCUGGGUGGCUCCUUUGGAACUCUCCUCCUCCUCUUCCUCCUCAUCUGCUUUUUCCUCCUCCUCCUCCGCCUAUUCCCCUCUCUAUUCAGCCUCAUCAUCCUCCCUUUCGUCAUUAGAUGUGGUUUCUCAUCACCGUCCUAAGGACAGCCUGGCGGUGACGGAGACGUUCAACAUCACAGUGACACCAGUCAACGACCAGCCGCCACUCAUCAGGAGCAGAGCCCCGAGUAUGAAGGUCGUAGUCGGAGAGAGAGUCAUACUAGGACCAGACAAUCUGCAGGUUGAGGAUCAUGACACCCCUCCAGAGGAGCUGCACUACCUUGUGAUCAAAAAGCCCAACAAUGGCUACCUGACGCUGGGGGAAAGACCGGAGCCGGUGACCUCCUUCACCCAGUAUGAUGUCAACCACGGCCGGCUGCACUUUACACAGCAGGGAGAGCCCUCAACAGGUGUUUUCUACUUCAACGUAACCGACGGUCAUCAUCGUCCACUCUACAAACUGUUUAGCUUGGAGGUGAUAAAGCCCUCCGUCUCCAUGGUGAACAACACUGGCUUGUCGUUGGUUCAAGGCAGGACCGCCGUGGUCCUGACAACCAACCAGUUGGCGGCACAAACCAACAAUCGCAGACAGGCCGACAUCACCUACACGGUCACCGCACACCCUCGCCACGGACGCAUUGCGAUCAACGACCAGGAAGUCACGACCUUCCGCCACGAGGACCUGCAGUUUGGCCGCGUUGUUUAUCACAUGACCGAUCUCAGCGAAUCGGAGGACAGCUUCCAAGUCUCGGCGUCAGCCUCGUCACCCGGCGUCGACUAUGGAAGUGUACCAGCGCAGACGGUGAACGUAACUGUGCGGCCGCUGAUCCACCUGAGGGAGAAAGUGAGAGUGCCCAGUGGUAUUGCUGUGAAACUGGGGAAAGCCAUGAUCGAUGCCUCCGAGCUGGCGAGAAUUAGCCGAGCCGACCCGGUCUUUGAGGUUCUGUCGCCGCCAAAACAUGGAAAACUAGUCAGGAUGACCUAUGACCCUAACAAAGCAUCAGAGGAGCUGAAGUCGUUUACGUUCAGAGACGUGGUGCAAGGCCGGGUCGCAAUCGAGGAGCAUCUCAGCGACGGCGACAAUAACAAAUCAGCACUCACAAGAGCUCGAGGCCACGCCCCCGCCACGCCUCUCGAUGAUUCUAUCAUCUUCCUGCUGAAGGCUGGAAACGUCCAACCAGCGAAAGGCGAGCUUCACUUCACCAUCUACCCCCACCACCAGAUGCAUCAUGGUCCGGGAAGUUCAAAUACAGACGGUGAACACACGACAGCCCGCACUACGACGCAUAAUAAGACCACCACCGGAAAAGGAGGUGGGCGAGGGGGUUCUACGACGCUCGACGGCGUCGGGGUGGGUUUGCCCCCCCACAUUUUGUCAAGUAAGCACAACAACAAGACACAGCACAAGGUGAAGCCUCACAGCCGCUUGGGGAACCACACCCGCGGUGGGAGUCACGGAGGAAGGUCAGGGAGUCGCGCAGAGGGAACAGGAGGGGGUCACAGUCAUGCCCCACAACCCCACAUUCCCUCCGUCUCAGACAAACACGGUCCGGCGAUCCCUCCUGACAUACACCCGGUCCGCGUCGAGAUCCUCCCUCGCCCCGCCUCCGACCCCCUACUCAUUAUCCUGCCGCUGCUGGCCUGUUUGCUCCUCAUCAUAAUCCUCAUGGUUUUGAUUCUGGUGUUCCGCCGCCGCAAGGAGAAACAGGCCCGGCUGCGGCUCCUCCAGCAGCUCGCCGCGGUGGCGUUAACCACCGAGGGCAGCCCGUACAUGGGCCAGGCGGAGCGGAGCGUGGCUAUGCCAUCCGUGGUGGUCACCCCGCUGGGCCCUUCAAGCUGCCCUAACUCACCCAAGGCACCCUUAAGUCCCAGACGGAAGAGUCUCGCCCCUGGGAUGACCUUCUGGGGGCCAGUUGAAGUUGACAGAGCAGGUGGCGAUGCUAAUAAUAGAGGCGGCAACAGUAAUGAAAGAGAUAACGUCACUGCAGGAGUCAAGACCACGCUGAGAUCUAGGUCCCCUACUCCGACUCUUAAAGACAACCAGUACUGGGUUUGAUGGAAGUAAUCCAAAGAAAAACUGUGCCUUAGAGGUGUAUUUUUGGUGUGAAGCGUAUAAAUAGCAUGUGCGUACUCUCCAGGGGACUUCUGUAGUCAUCUAAGGCACAUCUGACCUGCUAUGAACUUUUAAAAAGAGGGCAAAAAUAUGCACAUUUGUUGAAAAAAUUGUUAAAUUUUUUUGUAGGAAACGUAUUUAAUUAAUUUCACUGAACCAACUUCAUCUGAACACAUCUUUGUUGUAUUUAACAAUGUACUGAAAAACUGUUAUUUAAUCUGCAAGACAUUACCCAGCUACCUUGGAGGUGUGAGGUACGAUUCAAAGUAAACAGAAUCGAUUAUUACUGCUUAGGCAGCUGCAAAUGUACUGUAGUGGCAUGACAUGAACACGACAACCAUUAGUUCCUUUUAUGCAAAAAUGUAAAUACAACUGUGGCUGAACAAAGAAGAGAGACACAGACUGAGGUUUAUUUCAUUUACUGUAAAAUAUUUAAUGCAGCUGAAUUUUAAGUUAGCUCAAAAGAGUUAGUAGUGUACCUGGUAACUUGACACCUCUCACCUGCAAUAUUGUUAACUGUGCAGAGUUGAUG